CAUGCCUUCCAUCCAGCUUUCAGAUGGAUCGAUCGAUCAUAUUAUUUGCAGCGCUCUCGGCCGGGCAACGACCAGCCUUGUCUCGCUCGCCGCGGGCUGCACGGCUGAUACGACGCUGCGGGUAACUUACAUAAAUAUGCUGUCGAUCGGCACUCGGGACAUGAGCUCCCUCCAGCUCUAUGUUGAUGUUGGACGAGGCUCCUCGCGGGAAACUCUACUCUUCUGCUCUAACUCCACCAAAGUUUCGAGCCGCGAGAUUUCCAUCUCCAUCUCCAUCCCCAACGUACCGCAUUGGUCCUGGUCCUCAUCGACAUGGCACAUUCAACCAGCGACGGCGAACAUGCCGUGACCCCCACAGAGCAUGAGAAAGAAGGUCACUCCCCCAUGGUCCAGCAGGUCGGAGCUGAAGCUGCUUUCGACAUCGAUGCCCACGAUUUACCCAAAGGCUACUUCCGCAGCCCUUCCUUCCUAGGAACAAUGCUGGCGGUUGGCCUUGCUUUCACUGGAGGCGGUGGCACAUUUUCUCUCGUUGCACCUCUCCUUGGUGUCAUCAACGACGAUAUUGGUCCCGAUCCCAAUUACCUCUGGAUUGCGCUAGUCUACACGCUCACGCUCUCAAUUGGACAAGUUCUCGUCGGGCGUCUGUCCGAUCUCUUUGGACGCCGAUGGUUCUUUAUAUUGGGAUCUGCUCUCGCUCUUAUUGGCUGUAUUGUUAGUGCACUUGCGACAACAGUUCCUAUCUUGAUCGGCGGGUCCGUUUUGGUCGGAUUCGCAGCGGCUCCUCAACUCUCGUACACGUUUGUGGUCGGAGAAAUUAUACCUUUCAAGCAUCGAUUCAUUAGCCAGGUAUAUUUGUAUCUUUGGGUGACAGCUGUAGUAGGAUUCGGGCCCGCAAUUGCGUACGCCUUUGUGCAACAUACAAAACAUACAUGGCGCUCCUGUUAUUACCUAAUGAUUGGCAUCAAUGCCGCAUCUACGCUAUGCUGGUUUUUCUGCUACUUCCCUCCUACGUUUGAUGAUAAGUACAAACACAAGAAGACCAAGCGACAAGUUUUCAUAGACUUCGACUUUAUUGGCCUGAUACUCUUAGUGGGUGGUCUUUUGGUCUUCCUUAUGGGUAUAUCUUGGGGAGGAUCUUAUUACCCAUGGAAGUCUGCGCACGUUAUUGCAACUAUUGUAGUUGGAUUUCUUGCUCUAGUCGCCUUCGUUCUUUACGAGGCUUUUAUGCCUCUUAAUGAACCGCUCGUCCCUAUGCACCUCUUUAAAAACGUCCCAUGGGUGGCAACUAUGAUGGUGGUUUCUCUUGGGGCCAGUGUCUAUUACGCCUUUGCUAUCGUCUGGCCAACAAUGGUAUUCUCGCUCUAUACGAGCGAUUUGACGUAUGGAAGCUUGCUUUGUUGCGUCACUGGAUGUGGCAUAAACGCUGGCCAGCUACUUGGUGGUAGUCUUUGUCGAUACCUUGGCAAACAACGAAGGCAAAUAGUGCUGGGAGCAAUAAGUAUGGGAAUAUUCCUUGGAGCCUGUGCAUGCGCAACUCCAUUCAACCAAAAGACCGUUAUUGCGUGUCUCUUCCUCGGAACCGUAUCUGUGGGCUUUAUGGAUUCCAUUGGCCUUACUAUUACCGGCAUCGCGAUCAAAGACCAGUCCGAGAUUGGGACUGCCGUUGGGGUCGCGGGCUCAAUGCGUACUGCUGUGUCGACGGUCGCACAAGUCAUCUACACCGUGAUUCUCACCAAUCGCUUACAACAGACGAUCCCCCACGAAGUCCCACCGAAACUCAUCGCGGCAGGCCUACCCGCCUCAUCUGUCCCGUCAUUCCUGGCAGCAGUCGCUGUCGGAACCCCCGCUGCGUUCGCCAAAGUUGACGGACUGACUGCUUCCAUCGAGGCAACUGGAAUCGCGGCCUACAAGCUUGCAAGCUCCCAUGCCUACCAGACUGUUUUCUAUUCAACGAUCGCUUUCAGCGGUAUUUGCGUCUUGUGUGCUCUCCUUACUCCUAAUGUCGAUGAUCGCAUGACGGACAAGGUGAUCGUAACGCUCCAUCGUCACCACGAUGAGGAAAUUGGCGAGAAGUAAACCUUUCCUAUAUAAUAGUCAUAAUUAGGCAACGAAAGAUCGGAACUCUCGGGAAAGGUGAGAUCAGAGAACAUGACAAGGGUAGUUGAUGGGUAAGGAAGAAGAGUUUCUCGCGCUUUCGUGCUUUCCGGCAGCACCCGGAAUAAGAGCAAUUUCACUCCAAUUCAAAAGAAUGGGAUCCAGGAGGCUUUCAAUAUCCAUUGU